AUGCUCAAUAACCUAACCGCCACAGCCUUAGGAGGUCACAAGGAGUCGUGCUCUGAGGACAGCAAACAGCUGGAGCUGAAGCCGAGCGUCGACCGUCCACACCAUGCGCUGGGGGCGCGUCUACACCUGGCGCACAUACGGACCGACCACCUGCAUGGUGGAAUCCAUCAGCAACAGCACAGUGGUGGACAUAUGGCUACAGUGCCAGUCAGCAUGUCUUCCUCUGCUUCCGAUAGCGACAAGCCUGCCAAGCAAAAAAGGCACCGCACGAGGUUCACACCCGCACAACUAAACGAACUGGAGCGGUGUUUCUCCAAAACCCACUAUCCUGACAUCUUCAUGAGGGAAGAGAUCGCGAUGAGGAUCGGCCUCACUGAGAGUCGGGUUCAGGUUUGGUUCCAAAACCGCCGCGCGAAGUGGAAGAAGCGAAAGAAGAGCACCAAUGUGUUCCGGUCGCCCGGAUCACUGCUGCCAUCACACGGCCUGCCCCCUUUCGGCGCUGGAGACGUCUGCAGCCCAGGCGUGUUCGGCGACCGGCCUUGGUCCAUGCCUUCCGGUCUAGGUCAGCUGUCCCAGGGUGGCGUGUCUAUGGGGGGUUUCGGGGCGGGCUCUCUGCCGCAACUAGCCGCCGAGCUGAACCCUUCGCUGCCCAUCAGCUCAGUGGCCUCGCAACAGUACCAGUCGCACUAUCCGCUCAACUCGUUAGGCGAUUCGAUGAUGUCUUACUGCGGCGGACCUGGGGGCCCAGGCGGGCCUGCCUUAGACGGGUCGCCCGCCUCGCCGCACGGACACUGCAACACCGCCUCCCCUACUGCACCCGGUGGCGGCAACGUAGAGUGCGGGGAAGAGGAAUCUUGGCGCGGCCACAGCAUUGCUGCUCUUAGGCGGCGCGCCUCAGAACUCUCCGCCGCCAUCCCGCCCUACCUGCAGCUCAACUACGACGCCCACAGUCCUGUGUAC